CAGAGCGCCGACAGGAGUGGGGCGGGCUGCUCCUAGCAUCUUGGAAAGCACAAUGGCAAGUGAGACCGUGAGAGAAGCAGCGCCGGCAGCUCCUGCCUCUCCGGUGCAGGGAUUAGCCAAUGAGGUUUCAGUACAGAAGAGCUACUAAAGAAAAUGCAAGAAAAGAGCUUUCUCAUCAGGUUUCUUGAUAGAAGAGGAAUGACCUCAUAGAUGACAUCGCAGUGGAAAAUUAAGAUCUUCAUGAGCUGAAACGCCAUUUAAGUGGAAGAGGAUAAAAAGCUCUGGUCCAUAAUGAAUUACAGCACAUCCACUGUAAACAAUUGGUACCACAACAGUGCUACCACUUCUGAACCAGACCGUGGGACAACUGUAGAUGGAGCUGGAUCAAAAACUGCUGCAGUGACCCCUGAGAGCAGCAGCUUUAACAGCACCAAAAUUCCAGAUGUGGCCAGCCAUGGCCCUGGCAUGGGGACCAUGCUGCUCUCUUUUGGCAUCAUCACUGUGAUUGGGUUGGCAGUUGCAAUGGUUCUAUAUAUAAGGAAAAGAAAACGGCUAGAGAAAUUACGCCAUCAGCUCAUGCCUAUGUACAACUUUGAUCCAGCUGAAGAACAGGAUGAACUGGAACAGGAACUGCUGGAGCAUGGCAGGGAUGCUGCUUCUUUGCAAGCCGCCCAGAACAAGCCUUGUCAUUCCCAGGAUUUUUCCCAGACUAAGAGCUCAACUGUACAAGACACUGGAGACAACCCAAGGAGUGCUCCAGAGACCUAGUCGCCUUGUGUUCACAGAUGUUGCAAAUGCGAUCCAUGCUUGAACAGUUCUUCAGGAGAAUGAUGCCAACUGCUCAGUGGCUUGCAGUGGAUGGUAACCACUUGUUUCAGCUGGAAAAAAGCACUAGGAGUCAGCAUACUGCAAGAAUUUAGACUGCUAGUGUGCCAUCAAAAUGCUCCAUACUGUUAUGUUCAGAGAUUGAUUGCUAAUGACAAUACCAAGUUGUGUAAUGGAAGGUUAUUUGUAGAUAAAUUGGUCAGAACACUUACAGUGACAUGCUAAAGCAGGGAACUGGGGCAUCUGGUUUUAAGGCCUUUUGCCAAUAGGUGAUUGUCAGAAUAUCCUAGUAUCAAAACCCUGCAGGUUAACCUAAGCCAUUUUGUGCAGUAGUAGACUUAAAAGGUGACUCCUCAUGCCAAUAUAUGUGGUUGUAACUUCCUAAACUAGGAACCUGGGCAGCUGCUUCUGUUGAGUUGCCAUAAGUGUACAGUAUUGUUGCAGAGUACAUAUGAGCACCUGGGUUGUCCCACCUCAUGUGUCAGCUGUGUGUAGUAUGAACUGACUGCAAACAUUAAUACAAGGCACAGCAUUUUCCUUGUCUUCCAUUACAUUUCUUUUGUAUAGGUGCUCUGCAACCAUUAGAGACAGCUGUCUGAAGAUCCAUAAUAAGCAAAAGCAUACUCUUGUAUGUCAGAAGCACCACCUUUUCUGAGUUAUGAAUACCUUCAGAUGCUAGAGGGAGGAGAGUCUUAGAAAUAAGAGCAGCAAUAUGACUGGAUUUUAAGUUAAUUCAUCCCCUCCCUUUUCAGCCAAAGUUGGUGAAAUUUGAUGCAGAACAAUCACUUCUGGAAGAAUAUUGUGUGCACAUGCAUGUUCUAGCAUGUACUAAACAGUCAGAAAUCAAAACCAUACACCUGCUUUCCAGGAUCUGCAUUUGAGAUUCCUUUUUGCCCCUGCUAAAAUAGGCAAGAAGUAGUGCAGAAUAAAUGUUGUGUUUUAUAUGCUUCCUAGUGUAUUGAGCAUCUAGUGCUAAAGAAAUACCAAAUUUUGUUACAAGUAAAGACAAUUUAUUUGGGGGGAAAACUUACACAGGCUUGACUAGGUACCAUGCACUUAAUUUGAAUACAUUUCUGUUGCUAUCCAGUUUAUUCAGAGGUUGGUGUUUUGGAAUGUAGAUGGUAUUUUGGUCCCAUUGUUUUUGCCUGGGGCUGAGAAAGAGGAUGAAAGGAGUUCAUAGAACAUGGGGACUACAGUUGUGAUGCUGAGGGGCAUGCUGUGCCCUAAGAAAGUUCCACUCCUUGGUUACAUUCAGAUAUUGUGGCGAGCUGUAGCUUAUAAUCUAUGGUUCAACCAAACCCUAGUUGGUUAUUAAUUCUGAAUGUAGAUAGUUCAAGAAAAUUGAAGUUUGUGGGAAUGUUCCAAACUGUGCUUUCAAACUAAGGCCUGUGGCUAGUUUAACUACAUUUGUACUGUCUGAAGUUUGCUGUCAUGUCUGAUUUCACAAAUCCAGUUAGUGGAGUAGCACUACCUCUUGAGACUACAAGGCCAGUGAAAUGGGGAAGAUUCCUUCUCUGUUGGGUGAUGGAGAGGUGGCAAAAAUCAGAUAAACUGAAGUUUAUGGAAAAAAACCUAGCAUUUGUUAUUUAAGUCUGUUUAGUCUGACAGAGCUUACUGUAUAGACCACAGUUUAAACAAACUAUGGUGUAUCUGAAUGCAGUCCUUAUGUAUGGGAAGUUAAUUUUUUUAAACAGAUACAGUCCACAAGUCUUCAGUUUUUUCUUCACUAUCAUGAAAGUUAUAAAAUUGCCCCCCCCCCCCCCCCCGGAAAACCAAUUAUAGUGUAGGAACUCCAGAAUCUACAGUAGCAACCAGUUUUAGCUUUGCAAAUCUAUUUCAUGCUCUGUGGCAUGUUUAUGGCUGGGCCUGCUUUGAAGCCCUCCAGCUAUUUAUUAUUUACAAAUUGAUUAGAUUUUUUUAAAUCUUGCAUUUCAUUUCCAUGCUCAAGCAGGCACACAAAAUCACCCUUACGCAAAACAAUUGCAACAAAUGAGUGUACAAUUAUAGCACACCCGGAGAAUCAUUACAUGGACAAUGAUGCUUGAUGGCAAGUGGAAAGGGAAAAGGCUACUUUUUACUUCCCUGCUGGCAUUUGGAGUUGUCUGAUUAUGUCACCCCCAUGCAAAGAGUAAUAUAGAAGCUCAGACUUGGCUCAAAACCCCUUCACCAACAUCACUGUGAAAAUCAGCACAUUACUCACCCUUGGUCAAGAUUGCUAAGUGCAUUCUUUUAUAAUUCUUGGUAAAAAUGUUGGGACAGAGGUGGGGGGGGGGGCGCUGAUAUAUUGGACUGCAGCUAACUAUCCUAGCCGUAUAGCCCUUGUUGAAGACAUAAUAUAAGUCAAGAAAUCUAUUCUGUUUGUUCCAGGAGAAAACAAGCACAGCAGGUGUAGUAGUGGAGCUCUAAUGCCCCACAGGUUCAAGCAGCAAGAAUAAAAUCACAAAGCAAUAUGAAAAUCCAAAAUAAAAUGUGGUGCCUGUUUAGACAUUUGUGGACCCUUAUGUAUUAUUAUUGAAUGCCACUGGGGGAGCUCUUUUGCAUUCAUGUGCUGCUCAUCAGAACAAUUGAUAUUAUAGUAUGUAUACCAUGCCAAAAUGUUCAAAGUGUCUGCUGAUGGAAACUAUCCUGCUUAUUCUCUUUUACUCAAGACAACUACGUCAGAACAGGACUAUUUCCAUUUCUUCUUUCAAAGCAUAUUCUUGAAAUGCCAAUUGGAAAGAAAGGAAAAUAUAGCAGGUCUCUUCCACAUUCAUGUUCUAAAUUUAUUCUCGCCUUUUUCUUGCCUGAGUAGAUUUUUGUGUGUGUAUGAGUCAGUAGUUCUGUGUAAGAGGGGGAUUGUAAUUCAUGCAAGACUGAAUCUGUAUGGAAAACAUUCAACAGCUAUACUGAUAAGUUUGUGGUGUGAUAUAUACAAUGCAUGCAUCUGUAUAUUGGCACUAUCUAUGCACUGUUUUCCCACCCAAUGUAUGUGGUUCACCAGUCAAAAAUGGGAUGCUGGGUCUACAGAAAAGUGGUAUGGGGUAUGUGUGUGGUGGUGGGGAAGAGGAACUGUUAUGCAUAUAAUUGACUGUCCAAGUAAACAGUGCCUGACUCCAGUUUGACUGUUUCCUACACAUUUACCUUCCCCUUUGUGAAGUAGAUAAUCACCUGGGUAUCAUCCCAAUGUCCUUUGUCAGAAAAAAUAUUUAUUCCUAAGGGCAUUUGCAUAAGCUGCGGUUCACUUCUUUAGAUCUAUAUAAUACCCCCUCCAAUUAUUCCAAGGGCUCUUUUGAUUCUGCAGUUCACAGUUGACCUUAAUUCAACUUCUCAUACAACCCAAGCAACUGCUGCUUUUGAAAUCUGUUUUGAAGGCUGUUUUUAAGGCUAUUCCAUAGCGGUUGCCAAUAAUGAGAUGAACUAUAUGGAAAUGGGGCAAGAUUCUAGACCAGUGUAAAAUAGAUUUGCUUUAUUGAUUUCAGAGAUCACAAUACAUAGACAGCAGUCCCAUUCACACCAGGCAACUAUCAGACUGAAACCACUUUCAAUGCCUUUUUGGCAAUACUGUUUGGUCACACAUGAUCUCUACCAUGGAGCUGUCAAGAAUGCCACUUAGUGGGUGACAGCGAUGCCCAUUCUCCAGAACCUUUACACUUUAUAGGACUGCCUUUAUUACCCAAUUUCUUUUUCUGUUCUCUCCUCCUUUCAGUGGCAGCAUUGGUUCUUAAGCAUCCUCAUUACUGAAGCAAAAAAAAAAUAAUAGCAAGAAAAUGCAGUAUGUUUUCCAGAGGCAGCAAUAUGCACCAUGAAGUGCCAUUAACUGAAAUCCGUUUAAUUCUCCAGCACUUGAAUGCAUGGAGGCUGACUGAUAAACUUACUGCAUAUAUGGGGCAAAUGUGCACUUUAAUUUUGUGCUGUUUUUGAAAUGUAUACUAUAAUAUAAAUGAAGCCAAGAAGGAAGUGGGGUAACCCCCCUGCAAGCUCCACCUUGCAUUGUGUGUGUGUGUGUGUGUGUGUGUGUGUGUGGUGUCCUCUAAUAAUGCUGGCUGAAUGAUGACUGAAAGAGGGGAACAGUUAUUUGCUUGGCUUGUACAGUAGUAUUCUUCUAAUGCAAUAGCCCUUUGUUACUUGGAAAUGUCUGCAUAAUGUAUGAUAAUCAUUACAAUGUGUACCUAUGUCUGAGACAUCAUUAAAGUAUUUAUGUGAAAAUAA